GGUGGGUCUUGUCCCCGCUCUGUGACUUUGGGCCUUCACAUGAGGCACUGGGGAUAUGGGAAGGUGCCAGGGACAGGGGUGGGAGUGGAGGGUCACACCAGGAUCAUGGGAAACAAGGAGGGGGGUGCCAGGGACCACAUGAGGGGCACUGGGGAUAACGGGACUCACUGAGGUUUGCUGAGGCUCAUCCUUGAUGCCCCCUGGUUUUCCAGGGCCCAGGACCAUGAUCCCGCCAGGCGAGUGCACAUAUGCAGGGAGGAAGAGGAGGAAGCCCCUCCAGAAACAGAGGCCCAUCCGGGGGGCUGAGAAGUCGAACCCUUCCAAGCGGCACCGGGACCGCCUGAAUGCUGAGUUGGACCACCUGGCCAGUCUGCUGCCGUUUCCCCCCGACAUCAUCUCUAAGCUGGAUAAGCUUUCCGUCCUGCGUCUCAGUGUCAGUUACCUCAGGGUGAAGAGCUUCUUCCAAGUGGUGCAGGAGAAGUGCCCACGGCGGGCAGCCAGCGCCCCCUCAGUCGGAGAUGGCUGCGCUAGUGGAGGGUCCACCGUGCUGGAGGGACGGCUGCUGCUGGAGUCUCUCGACGGCUUCGCUCUGGUUGUGAGCGCAGAAGGGACAAUCUUUUAUGCAUCAGCAACAAUUGUGGACUAUCUGGGCUUCCAUCAGACGGAUGUGAUGCACCAGAACAUCUAUGACUACAUCCAUGUGGAUGACCGUCAAGACUUCAGCCGGCAGCUCCACUGGGCCAUGGACCCUCCCCGGGCCUCAUGUGGCCAGCCCCUGCCCUCAGAUGCAGGAGAAGACGCUGUCCUGGGCAGGCUGCUCAGGGCCCAGGAGGGAGCCGCAGGCUCCCCUGCAGAGUUUGCAGCAUUCCUGACCCGCUGCUUUGUCUGUCGCGUGCGCUGCCUGUUGGACAGCACCUCGGGCUUCCUGGCCAUGCAGUUCCAGGGGAAGCUGAAGUUCCUGUUUGGACAGAAGAAGAAGGCGCCAUCGGGAACUGCUCUGCCCCCCCGACUCUCACUGUUCUGUGUGGUGGUGCCACUUCUCCUCCCCCCACUGGCUGAGAGGAAGAUAAAGAGUGCGUGUCUGAGGGCAAAGCACAGGGCAGAAGCCAUGGACCCAAAAGUAAAAGCUACCAUGAGUCUGUGUGAAUCAGAAUUGCACGGAAAACCCAAUUACUUAACAGGAAGGAGCUGCGAAGAAAACAGCAUGUUGGUGUUCAGGGCACAAACAGAUGCCAGCCGCUGGGCCCAAGUUCCUGCCAGGGCCCCCUGCCUGUGCCUUGGGGGAGGCCCCAACCUCAUCCUCGACCCCAGGGGGGCGGGAGGGAACAGAGAAGACGGGGAGCAGGAAAGAUCACGCAGCUCCUCUGUAGUGAGGGGCCUGAGGGAGACACACACACUCCACAGCCACUGUCAGCUGCCAGGACCCACAAGGUGCUUGGACUGGGUGGUGGGAAAACAUGGUAAGGGUAUUGAGCUGAAGCUGCAGGCCAGCAAGAGUGACCUGCUGCCUAUGCACCCCGCACCCCAUGGCUCCUGCCUGUCUUACCCCAGUGUUCGGGGCACUUUCCAUGCUGGAGGCACCGCCACAUUCAGGAGUCUGCCCAUCCCUCAGCCACCCAGCCAGCCACUCAGCACUUGUUCCAGCCGUGUGAGCAGGCCCUUGCUAGACAUCCGCGAGGGCCAGGAGCUUCCUCUCAACCGCCACUACCCACAGGGGAGUAUAGAGAAGCAGCUCCCUCAGCCCGGAGCCCAGUGUUUCCCUGUGGGGGGCUGCUCCACUGCGGCCGCGCACCUGCAGAGUGUACAGGUAACCCCAGAUGGCCUGUGCCAUCCAACAUUCUCACUGGACACACCCAUCAAGAUGGAGAAUGACUCUGAGGACACAGCAGAUGGCUACACGCCCAGCCAGGCAUGGCUAGGGACCAGUGACGUGGCCAAAAGCCACUUGGCCACUUUCCCUACCAGGAUGCACCUGAAAACAGAGCCAGACUCCAGGUGCCUGGUGUAUACACCACACCUGGGCCCCCGUCGGACCCCUGCUGGAGCUAGUGGGGGGGUGGUCCCUUUCUACCCCACAUGCUGUGCCUGCCUGGAGCACAUGCAUGACUUGCCCCAGCAGGGGCCUCCCUGCCACCACAGUGUGCUGGGCCGAAGUGCACACCAAAUCCCAGCUUGGGGCAGUACCUGCAAAGCUACUGGGGCCACCCUUGUGGUCAAGCGUGAGCCCCUAGACUCGCCCCAGUGGGCCACUCAGAGCCAGGGGGCAGUGCCCAGGGUGUUCCUCAAAGGUGCCCCCUGUGUUGCCCAGAGCCCCUGAAAGCAGCUUCCUGCAGUAGCGCUAUAGCCCCUGUACACGUUCACAGCCACCCUAGCCCUUGGGGUGCCUCUGUACCAUGGUGGAGCA